AUGGUCGAGAUGCAAACACAUGCGCCCGUGGCGCCACAAGCCAGCGCAAAACCCUCACUCCCACCGUUGUCAGAACCAGCACAGGCCAUUCCAUCCUCCUCGCAGGCCAUACCUAUUCCUCAAGCGCCCGCGCAACGAUCACAACCGCUUACCCUCGAUACAUACGUCUCGCCCGUCAACCAAAACGGCUCCUUUGAGUUCGACCGUGUUAUCAAGACUGGCUACGUUCAGCGCCGCACACAAAAGACCAAGACAUGGAGGAGCAUCUUUCUUGUUCUCCGGCCGAAUAUCCUAUCCAUUUACAAAACCGAUAAGGAGGAUAAACUCCGACACAAGAUCUUUUUGUCCGAACUGACAGCCGUUUCCUUCCUCCGUGACCCAAAACACAAACGUGACCACCUGUUCGGCCUCUACUCGCCCUCCCGGAACUACUACUUCCAAGCCAGCUCUGCCAAAGACGCCCAAGAAUGGGUCGAGGCAAUUCGCAGCGAAGCACGCAUUGAAGAGGAGGAGGAGGAGAUGUUUCUGGCCAGCCCUCUUGUACGACGCCAGUCCUAUGGCUUUACCAACCUCUUCCAUGCCACCGGUAAUGAGCUGAGUCCGUACAACCCGACGCACAUGAACAACCACCCGGACGCCGUCGCUGAACACGAGCGUCGUAUGGUGUCCAGCUCCCCCGAGCCACAAAUGCCUCCACCACGGCGCCUCUCAGCCCAGCAAAUACAGCAGCAGCAGCCGCGGCCACAGCAGCACCCGUACAACCAGCCCGAGUCCCUGGCCUGGUCCGGUAACGAGAUGGGCCUUUCCGACUAUUCGGAUGGUGACGCACAAAACAAGCUGCCGGGCAUGUCGUCCGAGAGUCUCACAGCACAGUCGCCGCCGUCCUCCAUGCAACCCGUGCACCCCGUCAACGAACCCCGGCGGUCGCAGACCGAGAUCCGCAAUGCUAGCCAGUCAAGCGGCCUGGGCACGUUGGAGACUGACCCUGACCGUGUCAUCUGGCAAGGCUGGCUGUGGCUGCUGCGCAGCAAAGGUGGCGUGCGUCAAUGGAAGGACUCGUGGGCCGUGCUGCGGCCUCGGAAUCUUAUUCUGUACAAGGACGAGACGGAGUAUGCUGCCCAGCUGAUCCUCCCGCUGUCGUCGAUUGUGAAUGUGGUUGAGCGCGACCCCCUCAGCCGGACCAAGAAGCACUGCCUGGAAAUCAUCACGGAGGAAAAGAACUACCGGUUUUCGGCGCACGAUGAGGACACUUUGGUGCGUUGUCUUGGUGCCUUCAAGAGCCUGCUAACCAAGCGGCGUGGACUGGAGAUCCGUGCUGCAGCGGCGGCGGCGGCAGCUGUCUCUCCCUCGGGCCCGGUCGUCCUCCCUGCAGGCACCUUAUCUUCCUCUCCCAGCGGUGCCGGGCCCUUUACUCCGACAUCGCAUAUUCCGUCACUCACGACACCGGCGCCUGUGCCUAUUUCAACAUGA